AGCCUCACACUGCUGGUACUGGCAUUUCCAGGAUGCUGGUGCCUUGGAUGGUUUGGCGAGGCAACCUGCUAAGUUGGUCAACUGUUUUAUACAAACCUCAACAGGGUACAUUAAAAAAUAAAUAAAUAAUGGAAAUCCAUUUUUUCACUGUGUUGUGUUUAGUUUAUUUGGUUGCAAACUGUAACUUGUGUACAACUGUUUGUACUGCAUUUCGUACCUGGCGACACCACCUGCAUACGUUCUACAGCAUGCUGCUCAAUAAUCAAAUUCGCGAUCAAAAGCUUAAUUUGGAAAAUACUACUUAAGGGUUCUAUAGUUAUAAUGAAUUUAGAAGAGAUCAAUCGCCUAAAUCUUCAAUGAAAGCUAUACUGCAGGAUUAUUUUGAUGUCGGAUUUUAACACUUAACAAUAGCGAUUAGGGGUCACGAAUUGCAGUUUUAAAGAAAAUAAACAGCUUAAUAGCUUUGUGUGCUGAUGGUUAUUUACACUACCUGGGCGUUCACGUGUAUUUGGUAAUUUAAGUUCUUGUUCGCAAGCCAUUUCCUCUAAUGAUCACCUUCAGACAGGGCACUGGUUUUAACAUUGUUCAUUUGUUGCAUUUUACAGCAGUUGUCGGUCGGAAUAAGGCGUUGUUGGUAUCGGUGGAGCAACAUAGUAUCAAUUAGAAAUUCAUGACAAAUCACUGGGACCACAGUUGUCAUCUGCUUCUAAUUUAGACCGACGAAAAUGCUCCAUGCAAAGGAAACUGGAAUGCAGUAUCUAAAAGACGGUCAGUUUUUCUUAAAAGUCCUAAUACCUAGUUAUGCUGCUGGAUCUAUAAUUGGGAAAGGAGGACAGACUAUUGUUCAGUUACAGAAAGAGACCGGGGCCACCAUCAAACUAUCUAAAUCCAAAGAUUUUUACCCAGUGUUUGUUAGAGGCUCGCUGGUUGCAGAUACAGGAUUAGAGAAUAAAUACACAGAAGGUACCACGGAACGGGUAUGUCUGAUCCAGGGAACAGUUGAAGCAUUAAAUGCAGUCCAUGGCUUCAUUGCCGAGAAGAUUCGGGAAAUGCCUCAGAAUGUAGCAAAAACAGAGCCUGUCAGCAUCCUGCAGCCCCAGACCACCGUUAACCCAGAUCGCAUCAAACAGACAUUGCCAUCUUCCCCAACUACCACCAAGUCCUCUCCAUCCGAUCCCAUGACCACCUCCAGAGCCAAUCAGGUGAAGAUAAUAGUCCCCAACAGCACAGCAGGUUUGAUUAUUGGAAAGGGUGGUGCAACAGUGAAAGCUAUAAUGGAGCAAUCAGGGGCUUGGGUACAGCUCUCUCAGAAACCUGAUGGGAUAAACCUGCAGGAGAGAGUAGUUACAGUGAGUGGUGAACCAGAGCAGAACCGCAAAGCUGUGGAACUCAUCAUCCAAAAGAUACAAGAGGAUCCCCAAAGCGGCAGCUGUCUCAAUAUCAGUUAUGCCAAUGUCACUGGUCCAGUGGCCAACUCCAACCCAACAGGCUCUCCUUACGCAAAUACUGCUGAAGUGUUACCCACUGCUGCAGCUGCUGCGGGGCUGCUAGGACAUGCUAACCUUGCUGGAGUUGCAGCAUUCCCAGCAGUUUUAUCCGGCUUCACCGGGAACGAUCUGGUGGCCAUCACCUCUGCACUCAACACUUUAGCCAGCUAUGGAUAUAAUCUCAACACAUUAGGGUUGGGUUUAAGCCAAGCUGCAGCCACUGGGGCGCUGGCUGCAGCUGCUGCAAGUGCAAACCCAGCUGCAGCAGCGGCAGCGAACUUGAUCGCCACCUAUGCAAGUGAAGCCUCCGGCGGCGGCGGCACUGCUGGCGGUGCGGCAGGCCCAUUCGCGUUAGGUAGCUUGGCAGCUGCCACUGCUGCAACAAAUGGAUAUUUUGGUGCCGCUUCUCCACUUGCAGCUAGUGCCAUCCUGGGAACAGAGAAAACUACAGACGGAUCGAAAGAUGUAGUUGAAAUAGCAGUGCCAGAAAACCUAGUCGGUGCAAUACUCGGCAAAGGAGGAAAAACGUUGGUGGAAUACCAGGAAUUGACUGGUGCAAGGAUACAGAUCUCAAAAAAGGGAGAAUUUGUACCUGGCACGAGAAACCGGAAGGUGACGAUCACAGGAACACCAGCUGCUACACAGGCUGCACAGUAUUUAAUAACACAGCGGAUCACAUACGAGCAAGGGGUUCGGGCUGCUAACCCUCAAAAAAUCAAAAUGGCUUUGGGAAGCAAAAUCUUUGAAAGGCAGGUAUGGCGUCAGCUUUCUCCAAACUAUUUUUAUAUGUAGCGGCGAGAAUGAAUACUGGGGGAAAAAACAGGACAAUUCAUCGAAAGUAUAUUGUAUCAGAAAGACAGAACCUAUGAAACAUCUUCAGCAAAUCAAAGGAGAGACACAGCAAUGUAAUAUCUGCAUGCAUGCAAGACUAAAUAUAAUGGAGAAAUAAGGAUGGCAUUGUUCAAGGAUUUUUUGCUGUUACUGUAGGUAAAAAAAAAUAAAAAAUACAUCACCAACCGACAAGAUGGAAGACCAAUUGUUAAGGAAGGAAAGAAAAGAAAAACCAAAGAGCCUUACAAGUAGUGAAAUGGGAUUUCCCUGGUGAAAAGAGUACUUUUUAAGGAGAGCACUUCUAAGGAGCAAUGUCUUUUGGGAAAUAAUUAUUUUAAAUGUACAAGUAUUGCAUUAUAGGAGUGGUCAGGAUAAACAGCUAUGAAAAAAUCACUGAAAACAUUCAUAGCAACCUUAACGUGCUACAGAAUACCCUGCAGUGUUUAGAAGGAACCAUUGCUGCUUUAUCCUGUGUUUUAAAAUGUUUCAACAUAAACCUGAUUUUAUUCACACAUCAUGGGUUAUAAAUCAGCUGGAAUUACAUUGAUCGGUUUUUCUUUUAGCAUCACACUGCCUAAGAGAAACUAUCUUUGUCCUAUUGAAUGCUCUUGAGUGAACGUUGAUUUCUGCCUCACGAUGUUCAAUAAAGCUAUCAAAACAACUGGGAUUACGAUGAAAAAUAAAUUGUUGUGAUAUGGACAACACCGGACAGAAUAAUACAUUUAUUGUAAACACUGCAGGGUGUUCUGUAAAACUUUAAUUAAAUUGAGCUUGAAUACAGCUGGCAUGUGAUUUAUUUGGAACUGAAAUCAUAACAAAUGUUAUCAUCCAUUGGAAAGGUAUUAAUCACUAUCCAGCCCAAGUAUAAACGUAAUAUUAACAUUUAUGAAUCCAAUGAUAACAAGGUUAUCUUCUCAUUCUUUUUAGGCUCAAAAUAUAUAUAUGCCUUCCUUCUGCAGUAAUAGAUAUCAUCUUCUCACAUUUUACCGAUACGAAAAGAUCCAGAAAAAAAAACCAACCAAUUAUUAAUUUCACAUAUAUUAUUGAUAGACAUAUCUACUGUAUAGUGUAGUGAAACUUUUGAUUAUAUAUGAGAAUAGAGAAGCCAUCUUUUCUCCUUGUGAAAUCAUCAAACUAAUUAAUAGGCUUGUUUGGUUUCCUUUAAUAUCUGCUGCAAAAAGAAAAACUUAACGUAGAAAGUUGUUGGAUCUGACACUCCUAGAAAAUAUCACCUCAUCCUAAUUUCCCAGUCUAGCAGUGUUACCUAAUAUUGCUGUGGGGAAUAAUGAUGGGGGGCUCUGUACAAAAGAAAAUCAAGAGGAUGCUGCUAUAAAUAGUAAAGUAGAUCCUAAUGUAUAAUUACAUCUUCAAUUUUAUUUAUUAAUGUCAUUUUUUAAAAAAAAAUUCUGAGGGUUUUCUUUAUCGUUUUAUUCACCAUGUGCGAGGGAUUACUUGUCAGUUAAAUUAGUGUUAAUUAGGUGGGAAGCAAAUGGAGAGACUUUGGAUGUUGGCUUUGAAAACACAUCACAAACCAGCAUCACUGCCAUUUCCCUUCACACUUCACAUCAAAUGAGAAGAGGGUGUGCUCUAUAUAUUUAAAUGAAAUAAAUCCUACACUGAGGUGCAAUUCUUCACAGUGGUUAAUACAGGGAAACCUGGUUGAUUAUAAGCUGGUGGCGUGAGGCAAUAAUUUGCAGUGCAUGCAGGUUUAAUUUCAACACUCUGCAGUAUGGAGAGGCAAGCCACAAAAUAAUGUGUCUUGGAUCCUGCAGUAAGGAAAAUGUAUUGAACUGCAUGGCACCAGUAUGAGUGUGGUUGCAGAUUACAGUAUGUGAAGCCAAUACUGGGUGUUUCAUUGUUUUAAUGUGCUGCCUGGGUUGUUUGUCAUGCGUUUGUAUUAAGAACUAUGUAAAUUCCUGUCACUUCCAUUCUGUCGUGUGGACAGCUUUCUGAAGAUCUUAACAUUAUGUUCCUGAAUAUCUUAGUUAAAGCAUCAUUGUUACUAAUUUGAUUCCUGGCCUCUGGAGGGAAAAAAAAACUACUGCACCAACUAUCUCACAUUGCUCACGUGUACAUCUAUCCUAGAAUCUCAAGUCAUUUUAGUAUUUGACUGCUGGCAUAAGACAAACUAUGGGCCCUAUUCACAAAACUUUAGGACAGCUUUAAGGGGUGUUUUUGACUUGUUUGUAAUGGUCAUGUGUAUCCUAACGUAGUAAGCUUGGUCUUAUGGCAAGUCUCUGUAUGUAUGUAUGUAUGUAUGUAUGUGUGUGGGGUGAGGGUCAUUUAUGAAUCCUGACCACUCUCCUUCACAAAAUAGUCCAUAAAACAGUCUUUACAGUUUCUGUAAAUAUGGCCCAACAUAGUCAAAAUAUUUAAAAGGCUUCCCUUCUCUAAUAGUGUUUUUAAGCAGUACUACUAAUACAAACUUACAGUUUUCAUUAAUUGUACAAAAACAUUCUGUGGGAAUUACCGAUUUUAAUGACUUAAUCUUUUACAAUUUAUCUUAAUACCCGUAUAUAUAUAAUUACAGAACUGUUUUUGAACUCAAGGGAAAAUUAAAAAGACAAAUAGACUAAUUCAAAUAUUGUAGGGAUCCCUUAAUUAGUACUUAAGGGGUUGAUUGAAAUUUAAGAAACAUGCUUAGCAAUAAUCAGGAUGUAUCCACUUAUCUUUAUGAAGAUUGUGAGGGAUUGUUUAUUAUUGAAUUUCAGCAAGUUAUGUAAACUGGAAACUAGUGCUGCAGUAAGACUGCUCUACAGCCAUAGGUCCCUAGUUUGUGACAAAGAGAUUUCUAGUUCUGCUUAGAAGCAGGUACUUCGCUUUAGGAGUUAAACAUAAGCUUUUAUUUUACAUUAACCACCACUCAUCUAAAAACAGACAUAUA